AUGGGUGAGGCAAGAGUCAACGGUCGAGCAGUUAACAAAAAAGCAUCACCAGAACUCAUCAAGUACUUUUUCCCUUAUUUUACGAAACCAGCUCAAGCUGAAAUUUUAUUCAGAGACGAUACUGCUGUAGAAUAUGGGAAUAAGUUAGUUACGAAAUAUUAUAGAACUAAUGCAGGUGGUAAACAUCACAUACACAUCGCUUCUCAAUUAGGACUUCUUGCAGAUAUUUUUAUUAAUGCCAAAGUCAUUGAUACCCAUAUAAGAGAUAUUGCAGAUCUAUUACAUCCAAAGCACUAUGACAACAUAAUCAAAGCCAUCCAAUUACGAUGUGGUUACAACAAUGGUAUAUUCAAAUCACCUACAACUGCUAGCAAUUGUUGCACAUUACUUCUCAAAGUAGGCAAAUUCCUCAAAUGUGAGGCAAUAAAACGCAUUGAUAAUAUUGCCGAAAAGAGAUAUGUAAACUUUGAAUACCUCUUAGCAAAUAGCCAGAACCAUGAUAUAACAAGACAAGCACAAGAUAACAAAACACAAUUUCAACGACAAAAAAAGGAGAUUUUGCCUUCCACUGAAGAGAUCAAUGGUUUACUGAAAGUACUCGAUAUAGAAGUGACCUCAGCAUAUGAAAAGGCUUGUUCUAAUUUCGACCCAGAAAGUUAUACUGCCCUAGCGAAGGCCUCCUUGGCAUACUUAUUAGUAUUCAAUAGGAAGCGGCCUGGUGACGUUGAAAAGACACAAUUACUGGAAAUUCGUAGCAUGGCAAGAGUUGAUCAAGAACAUUUAUCGAAAUUGCCUGGUGAUGAUAAGAAACAUGCAGAGCAAUUUGCCAGAUACAUCACUCAAGGAAAACUCAAUAAAAAGGCAUCAAAUUUAAUCCCGAAAAAAGUUGAGCAAGCUAUUGAUCUCCUUGUACAAAAACGUAAUGAAAUUGGGAUACCAACUGAAAAUCAAUACUUAUUUGCUCGGAUAGGAUCAAGUUCUACCAGGUUGCCAUACUUCAAAGCUGAUGAAGCACUGAAGCUCAUCUGUCAACGCAACGAAUUGAAUUAUAAUAGGCUCAAUGCUAACAAACUGAGAAAACAUUUGGCAACAUGUACGGCAAUGUUAUCAUCUAAUGUUCAAAAUAUCAUCAGUGACUUCAUGGGCCAUACAAUGGCUGUUCAUCAGAAUGUUUAUCAACAGAAACAGGCACAUACUGACAUUGUAGUCAUGGGGAAAGUGCUGUUGGAGGCUUCUGGUGUAUCUCAAAAUGAUAACUUGGCACCUGAUCUACCUGGCUCAUCUAAAACCCAUCUCGACUUAGAUGAUCACGAAUCCCUUCGAGACGAGCCGUUCGAACUUUCUACUAUUCUGGAAGAAUCAAAUAACAAUGUGGAAAUCAAGAGUGAAAGUCGUUUCGAAACGAAACGGAAAAUAUUGAACACUAUCUCCAUUCCGAGGCGUACUUCGCGAACUCCGGAAAAGAGAGGAAUUCGAAAUCUCUUUCAGGAAUACAUAGAAGAUCUCAAGGUGCCACCAAUACAUGAGGUACAAGAUAUACUGGUCAAUAAGGCCCCUCAUAUAUCUAGAAAUAUAACGAAGGUUCGCAGUUGGAUUCACGCUGAAAUCAACCGAAUAAAAAAACGAAGGUGCGGUACUCGAGUACAUCGCUGGACAACACCGGAAAGACACAAAGUGAGGGAUCAUUUCAGAACAUAUUUUGAUGGAUUCAAAGAAACUUUCAAUCGAAAUUAUCCAUCCAAUGAAGAGCUCAAUGAAGCCAUUAAAACUAUCCCAGAGAUCAAAAACAAAAGUGCUGCUUUAUUGAGAUCAAAAAUCCAACAUGAGUUCAGAGAUAUCGAGCGACUUCAACAUACGGAACUAGAAGCAGAAACUUCAUUUAGUUCUGAAUCAUCUUGA